UUCAGCUGCAGGACAAUGCUGGUGUUUGUGCAGCGGCCUCUGAGUGGCGGCUGGCUUUCUCACAUCGCUCUCGCCUGACUACCAGUUGCUGAGCUGAAAAGAAAGCGGACAUCUUCAUCCUGAUGAACUGACAGAGGAAAGACAGAGAGAGGGAGGUCUGAAGUGGUGGCCAGCUUUUCUGCAGCUCAAACCAAAUUCAGCAUCCAGCUGUGGAGCAGCAUAAAGGAGGGCGUCCACCCAGACUGGUUUUCUCAGCUGAAUAAAUCAUCUGGGACGGGAUUAUAGAAGGUGAGAGCUGAAGAAACACCUGGAGGACGACAGGAGAAGCGUUGGAGCUGGGCAACGAGCCCCGAAACCAACAUGGGAGACAAGAAGGUCAGUCUCCCUGCUAAGCUGAUUAAUGGGGGCGUGGCAGGCCUGGUUGGUGUCACAUGUGUGUUUCCUAUUGACCUGGCGAAGACCCGCCUACAGAACCAGCAGGGCGUCCAGGUCUACAAGGGAAUGUUUGACUGUUUGGCAAAGACGGUGCGAGCCGAGGGUUAUUUCGGAUGCUACCGAGGAGCAGCCGUAAACCUCACGCUAGUUACGCCAGAAAAAGCCAUCAAACUGGCCGCCAACGACGUCUUCAGACAAAAACUUUCAAAGGACGGACAUUUGCCCCUGUGGGGGGAGGUCCUGGCGGGGUGCGGGGCAGGGACCUGCCAGGUGGUCGUCACCACUCCCAUGGAGAUGCUCAAGAUCCAGCUGCAGGACGCAGGACGGCUGGCCGCACAGCGACCCGUGGCGGCUCCGACCCAGGCGGCGGCUCCCGGUCCGGCGCCGUCGCUGGCGGCCCCGGCGGUGCGGCCCUCGGCGACCGGCAUCACGGCGGACCUGCUGAAGACCCGGGGCCUGGCCGGCCUCUACCGGGGCGCCGGCGCGACCUUGAUGAGGGAUGUACCUUUCUCUAUGAUCUACUUCCCUCUGUUUGCCAACCUGAACGCUCUGGGCCGGGAGGGCGCAGGCGGCCAGGCGGACGUUCAGGCCCAGGCGCCGUUCUGGCAGUCCUUCGUGGCCGGCUGCUCCGCCGGCUCGGUGGCAGCAGUGGCCGUCACGCCGCUGGACGUGAUAAAGACUCGUCUGCAGACCCUGCAAAAAGGCGAAGGGGAAGAUUCCUACAGAGGAAUCGUUGAUUGCACAAGACGCAUCAUGAGGCGGGAAGGACCGUCGGCGUUCCUGAAGGGCGCAGCAUGCCGGGCUCUAGUCAUCGCUCCCCUCUUCGGCAUCGCGCAGGGCGUCUACUUCCUCGGGGUCGGGGAGGCGGUUCUGGGUUUGCUGGGGUAACAGCGACUGGCGGCGGUGAAGGAGAAUCCCAGCUUCAUUCUCCAGAAAAAUGGAGUUUCUCUGGUUUCACCACCUGGCAGCGAGGUUCUGAUGGGUAAACAAGGUCCGGAGUAACUAACCCGAGUCCAGGUGUUCCCUUCACCUGAGCUGGCUGUAAAGAAAGAACUGCUGGAUAUUUUACAGCUGCUAAACUAAAUUGCCUGACAGUGUGAGCGUUUGAAUUUCAGGAAGUGACCCGUUUAUCUGAAACCACCUGAUGCUUAAAGCAGCAGCUCCGUUACGCGUCCCUCCCACUCCUUCCUGUAGGUCACAGUUGUAAUCUGGUCUUCUGCUGCACUGGGAGCCAAUCUCCAUAAGGUCAUUUGUUAAUCUGAUGGUAAUUCCUUUAAUCCCUGUGAUAGCGUACAUUUCAGCGUACAACACAGCUCACUUCCUGCUAAAAGGUUAGACUGCAGGACAACACGCCGCCUUCCAGGGUUUUCACUUUCAAUUUAAAUAAUAAUAAAGAUAAAUUUCCCUCCUUAUUUAUGGUUGCUUCAAAUAAUGUGCGCCCAACAACAAAGGACAAUGCAAUCAACGCCUUAUUGAUCCUGUUAGUUUUAAACUUUACAUCUUAUAACAUGUCAAAGGAUUUUGUUUUUAAAGUGGGAACAGAAGACAAAGCAAGUCAGUAUCUAACCUCAGGACUUUGAAGCUAAAAGCUCAUCUGUGGAGUCGCAGGUAAUUUAUGCCGUGAUGAAACGUUUCCAACAUCCGGGCAGUUCUCCAAACCUUCAGCUAGACAACUGGUGCCAAACAUUAGUAAAACAAUUCAAACUUUUUUUUUUCUCACCAACAUUAAAUAUGAAUCUUUUUUUUGUUUCAGGUCAGUUAGUAUUACAAACAUUAUUUUUGCUAAAUGUCAGAAUAAGGAGAUAAAAUCAAUUACUUUACAAAUAAAGCUGUUUAAUUUGGAAUGGAAACAGCUGCUGUCGUCAUCCACUUCAAAAUAAGAGCAUGAAUAUAAACAUGAAAGUUUACAAAAUUACCAAAUAAAUUUAAAAUUUAUCCAGAAAAAUUAGUUCAGAAUUAGCAGAAGUCUGACCGACAGCAUAGCAUCAAUAACCAAACUUCACAUAACUGCAAGUUUACAAACAACCAAGUAUUUUAUCAAGAAAAGUUGAUUUAACUCUCCUGACAUGUUCCGGGUCAAAUUGACCCAGGAACAUUUUUGCUGUACCUCAGAAACAAACAUAACAGGAGGGUUAAGUGACACCAAGUACGUAAAAUCUUUUCAAAGUUAGCGAAAGCACUAAACAAAAAAACUGGCUCUGUAUAGAUAAAGAUCCGAAAGGUCAAUUCUCAACAUUUCAGUUUAAAUGGAGGAAAACCAGAGGAAGCAUUUUAAGGCAGCACCUCAAACGCUCUACUUCCUAGUUAGACAUCAAAAGAAAUCAGGAAAAAUGUCAGAAAAAAAACCUGUUUCCACAUAUCUGGUUCAUUGUUGGUCCAACUUCCUGGUGCCUGAAGGUUCUCCUGCUCAAACAAGUAUAAUCAGCAAAAAAUUGGAUGAUAAAUAUUAAAAAUAUGUCUCCUUUUUCUGUCAUUUAACAAAUAAAAUGUCAUUUUGUUAAUCCUAACAGACAGAAAACAGUUUACACAGAUUAAGUGUCUUUUUACAUAAAUACCUGGUUUUUACUGUAAUGCAAACAUGACUUAACCUGAAUUUAGUGAAGAUACUGACUGCUUGUAACAUCUCAACAAAACCCCACUUUAAAACUACCCCAUUAGCUGGAAAUGGUAAUAUUUUGCUAGAUUUCAAAUUUAGACAGGACAGUUUUAAAUACUAGAAGCAGGGUAGUAAGGCGCCUCGUCUUACCAACUGCCAAUACUUAAAGCCACCAGGUGGCGCCAAGAGGCCGUUUUGUUUUUACAUUUUAAUACCAGACAGUAUAAUAUAAUAGUAUAAUAUCUGUUUUGUAGAGAGAAAGUAGCUGAAGAAAACUGUUUACACACUGUAAAUAAAGAGAUCUCCAACAUGUUAAA